AGAAAUGACGUGGACGGUGGCUCUCAGUAAUCUGGUGUUAGGAGUUUAUGGAUUUACUCUCAUCACAGGUCUUCCUGCCAACAUCUUGGCUUUUUACGCCUUCUGCCAAAAGAUUCGCAAAAAAACCACCCCUAUGGAUAUCCUCUUACUCAGCCUUACUAUUUCAGACCUGAUCUUCCUCUUCUUUCUGCCGUUUCGCAUGGUCGAAGCUGCAAACAUGGAGUGGACGCUGUCGUACUCCAUCUGUCUGUUGACGGGUUUUGUCUACUUCUCCACCAUCUACAACAGCGUCCUUCAUCUGACGGCCAUCAGCGUUGAGCGCUACCUUGGUGUGGCCUUCCCCAUAAAAUACAAGAUAAAACGCAAUCCCAGACAUGCAGCGAUAGCCGUCGUUUUUUUCUGGGUGAUUUCCUUUGUAACCUGCAGUAUCGUCUAUAUCACAUAUUACCGCUAUCCUCCAGAGCCGGACUUCAUCGACCCGUCUGACAGGAACACCUGCCAAGAGGAAUUCACUGUCGAAAAAGUGAGGAUAACUGAGACGUUUCCUCAGAUAGUUUUCAUCGUGCUCCUCUGUGCAUCGUUUCUCAUCUGCUGCUUUUGUUACAUCAAGUUCAUAUACAUCCUGUCCAAUCUACCCAACAUGAAAACUCAGAUAAGAACGAGAGCCAUCGGGUUGGCUUUGGUAACACUGCUGGUGUUUAUUAUCUGUUUUAUGCCCUUCGGCAUAUCACAUUUUGUGAGUUAUAGUGUUAGCAGCGACAGCACUGAACGGAAUAUGUAUGUUCUGGUCCCCUGUACACUAAACGCGUGUCUCGAUCCUUUCAUCUUCUACUUUUCUUCUUCAGCAUUCAGAGAGACUUUCAAGAGCGUCUUGCGAGAGCUGAUCAGGCGCAUGGCCAUGCUUUGCUGCCAUUCAGCUUCUUCUGUCUCUUGUUUAAAGGUGGGACAGCAGCGAAGAGAACGUCUCGGUUACCACUCCGGUUCCACUUAA